UAUAAUUGAAAGAGAGAAAAAAAAAUUCUACAAAAAGAACUUUUUUCAAAUUCUAUUAACAGUUUUCUCAUUGGUCAAGUCAAUUGUUUCUGAUUAGUUGACUUACUUUUCAUUUUGUGUCAUCACCAAAAACCAACAGAUAAAUUAAUUAACUGUAAUUACCUUUUGUUAUCAAUUCUCUUUUUCAACAAUUAAUCAAUAUAAUCGUUAAAAUGGUCUCCACAAUCAACGGAUUAACAAUUAAAUCAACGGUUGUCAUCUUAUUGUUAAUAUCACAAAUUUUUCUUAAUUGUGAAGGAGCCUCAAUGCUUAGAAGUUUAAACAAACGAGAUGCUUAUUCCAGUUUAAAUUCUGUGAGGACAAAUAAGCUCGGAAGUGGUGAACCUUGUGAAGAUAAUGGAGUUACAAUUAAACGAAUCUGUACUUAUGAGGAAUGUCUUAAAAACCGAUACCCAAAUAUUGAUAUUUGUCGGAGAUGGGAUGAAAUUGAAUGGUCAGAAAAGGUUGAGGUGUGUCACAAAUUGGUCAACACUCCUUGUAAUGAGUAUUAAUUUACUCAUUAUCAUGAUCUUGUAAAUUAUUUUAAUAACCAUUUUUCCCCACCACCUUAAUCUUCAAUAACCUGAUGCUCAGUGAUUAUGUUUUACCAAAUUAACAACAAAGAUCAUCGUCCAUUUGUAUUAAUUUAUUUAAUCUCCAUUCAUCAUCCAACAAUAAUUUAAGAAAAUUUAACAUUUUCUGAGAACCACCAUUAUUAUGUUCACCAUUACCACCAUUCCAAAGAUUCACCAUAAAUCAUCAUACAUAUAAUCAAUUUCCAAGACGAAUUUAUAUAAUCAACAACUAACGAACACGACAGUCUUUUUUUUCUCUGUCCUAUUGUCAAAGCAGUUGUCCAGUUUUAAAUGGUCAUCUUUUCCUCUUCUAUUAUUGGAAAAGAAAAUCAAGAAAUCCUGAUUGAUGUAUUAUCAGUUAUAAAUGUAUUUACUUUUACAUUGUUAUUAUUUUUGAACCAAUUUUUCAACUAAAACGAGAAACGUUUUAUAACUUUGA